AUGACAAUAAACAAUAACAUUAUAUACUUCAACCAUGCCUCCCCUCACAAUCAAGCACGAUUAGAAACAAUAGUUCAAUGGAAUAUCAACAGUUAUUUCAAAAAACUACCAGACGUUCACCGACUAAUCGCCGACUUCCAACCCUUAGCCCUGUGUUUACAAGAAACCAAUCUAAAAAACAAUAAAAAUAUCCCCACUCUCAAAAACUACAAAGGCUACUUUAAAAACCGCCAAAACCAAGGCAGAGCCAGCGGAGGGGUCUGUAUUUUCGCUUCAUUAGCGUCAGAACAUGAAAAUAUCCCACUAAAUACUUCACUAGAAGCUAUUGCAAUUAAAAUAACAUCCAAUAACAGUAAAAAAAUCUGUAUAUGCAACCUAUACAUCCCGGACAGCGCAGAUCUCACUCUUACAGACCUCGAAAACCUCAUAAAACAACUACCUCGUCCUUUCAUACUACUCGGUGAUUUUAAUAGUAGAAAUACUCUUUGGGGAUCUAACUACACUGACAGACGUGGAAGAAAUAUUGAAAAACUUUUAGAAAACGACUCAAUAGUCCUCCUCAACGAUGGUAAUUACACAAGACACAAUUCAACCCACAACAGCUUCUCGAUUUAUCAAUUGCAUCCGCAUCAUUAGGAGGAUCAAUAGACUGGUCAGUUCAAACUUCAUACAAUAGCAAUGAUCACUGGCCGAUUACCUUAAAACUACUCAAAUCCCAACCAACAGAAAAAUCAACUCCCAAAUGGCUCCUACGAAACCCAAACUGGUUCGCUUUCUUUAACACCAUCGACAACCUAUUAACAACCAAACAAUUCGAUACCCUUCUCCAAACAAAUCUCCCAACAGAUAGAGAUAAUAUUGUUGAAACAUUCUCAAACAUUAUUACCGAAGCCGCCGAAUCCAUGAUUGGUAAAAGUCAACCUUCCUUUCAAAAAAAAAAAAAAAGUUCCCUGGUAGAAUGAAGCUUGUGAAACAGCAAUCAAAAACUACAAAAAAGCACUAAAUCGCUUCAGGAAAACAAAACUUCAAUCAGACCAUAUAGAACUCAAAAAUGCAGAGCGAUUUCACGUCAAACAGUGAAUAUUAGCAAAACCUCAUCGUGGAAAAGUUUUACUUCCAACAUCAAUCACAAAACAUCCUCCAGCCUAAUGUGGUCCAAGAUCAACAGCAUAAAAGGCAAUAACCGUAGCUAAACAAAAACAAUUAAUUCGAACAACAAAACAAUUACAGACAAAAAAGAAAUUGCUGACGCUUUUGGAUCCUUUUUCCAAUUGAACAAUAGCAAUGAAAACUAUAGUAAAAACUUCGUCACUUUAAAAACAACAAUAGAAGCCAACUCUCCAAUCAAAUUCGAAGCAGACAACCCAGAUAACCCAAUAAAUUCACCCCUUUCGAUCAAUGAACUUAAAACCUCACUGAGAAACAAAAGAAGCAAAAGCACCGGCCCUGACGGAAUACUUUUUUUUUUUUCUCCAAAAUUUAUCUCCAUCAUCACUAAACAUUUUACUCAAAAUCUUUAACUAUAUCUGGAGAAAUAAUAUUUUUCCCAAACAAUGGAGAACAUCAUACAUAAUCCCUAUCUCUAAACCAGGUAAAUGCCCUUUUGAAAUCAGUAACUACAGGCCAAUAUCGCUCAUAAACACAAUGAGCAAAACCCUCGAAAGCAUAAUCAAUACCAGGCUUUAUAUGGCAUUUAGAAACCCGCAACCUCCUUUCACCACAUCAAUUUGGCUUUCGAAAAAACCGGUCCACCAUAGACCCUUUGACAAAAAUCCACACCGAAUGUGGAGCUUUAGAAAAAGAAAAUCAUUUAUUAAUGGUUUCUCUAGAUAUCGCGAAAGCCUAUGACACAGUUUGGAAACAUAGGGUGCUCUCCGCACCCCAAAAAUGGAAUGUCAAAGGUAAAAUUCUCAAAUUUAUAAACAAUUUCUUAACCGACAGAUCCUUUAAGGUCAAAGUGAGACAUUCUCUUUCAUCGAUAUUCGAAANAAGAAUUACCUUGCAUGGUACACAUGGUUUACCACAAAUAUUUGUACAUUUAGAGUGGAUACAUGAAUACAAGCACUUAUUAUUACAAGGUGGACACCGUUCUUUACAAGGGAAUUUACAUCUGAAAAAAUAAAAACUCUAAUAACAAUUAAGUGAAAUCUGCUUCAUUGGGACAAAAUAGUGUAUUUGCCAACGAGUCUGAUUAAAGGAAAAUCGACACUGUAUGUAAUAAAUUUAAAUUUAAUAAUAAAAAAAACAUACAUGUGAUUACAUGGGUUUAUCUUGUUACAUAUUUCACUGCAAGGUAUAUGUAAACGGCCUUGUUUACAUUUUCCACAUGUACCACGACAAAUAUCAUUACAGUUUAAUUUUUGCAAACACGGCUCACUACAUUUAUCCAGUACAUAUUCACUAUCCAUUUCGAAAUCUAAGACAUUAUUAGGUAAAUUUAUUAAUAAGAUGUAUGUAUAUAUUAUUUUGAAAUUGAAUUAGAUUAAUUUUAAAUAAUAAUAAAUAUAAUUAUUGUUAGCCUGACAAAUAUUUUUUUUCAUAUUAAACUAUGUACAAAGUUUUUAAUCAAAUGUUAUUAAAAUACUUUAUUUUUAGUUAUAUAUAGGAAUAUUCAAUACAAAUGCUUGCUUUAAUCAAAUCAAAUAAUAAUACAAAUUAACAACUGUAUCCCAUCUGUUACUAUACAAUGGUUUUCUUCCCAAAAUUAGAUUCUGUUUUUUUCUUUGUUUAGGUAAUCAAGAAAAACCAGAAACCAGAAAAAAAAAUAUGAUAAUGUAUUUACUAUUUAAUAGACCAAAUAAGUUAGAUAAUAAUAAUACUAUACCCUCCGUAGAACAUGAAGCAGAUUGAAGCCAACACAGAACUUACCAUAUUUAACAAAAAAAGAUACACCCUAUAGUCUGAUAAUCAAUACUUUCAACGAAAUAAUAAACAAUGAAUUCAAAAAUUACAUCUACUACUACACAGAUGCUUCUAAAACAGCAAAUGAUAUCGGUUUCGCCAUCACUCACUCUGAAGAAAACAAUCUCUAUAAAAUCGCCCCUUUCUCCAGUAUAUACAAUGCAGAAACAUUUGCCAUACUAGAAGCUAUAACCAUCUCACUCUCUACUAACCAUGACAAAGUCCUCAUAUUAAGUGACUCUCUUAGUGCAAUCACCUCCAUAUCCAACAUACAUACAAAAUGUAACCUCGCCCGAAACAUCCAAAAUACUAUCCUCACAAACCCCAAAACAAUAAAACUCAUGUGGGUCCCAUUACACAUCGGCAUUCCAGGUAAUGAACGUGCCGACAAAUUGGCAAUGGAAGCAGCAAGAUCUCCGGACUCCAAAUUAUACUCACAUGUAACAUACGAGGAUGUAAUCAUCCAUGCCCUAAAAAUCAAAUGUUACUCUCUAUGGCAAAAUAUAUGGGAUACACAAACUAAUCAAAACAACAAAUUUAAGCAAAUAAAACUCACAACAAAAAAAUGACCAAAUCCACUAAUUAAACUAACACGUCACGAGGAGAUCAUGAUUACCCGAGUACGCAUUGAGCACACCAAACUCACACAUUCUCACUUGAAGCGUAAGGAGCCCAGGUGUGAAACGUGCCUCAACGAACUUAGCGUCAAACAUAUAUUCUUAGAAUGCCCCAACUACCAGAACGCUCGAACGAAAUCAAACUUAAACACAAGCUCACUCAAAGAAGCAUUCAACUAUGGAGAAGAAAAAAGAAUAUUAGACUUCAUCAAGAUAGCCGAUCUCGCAUCGAACAUCUAA